AUGGCAAAAGCGCUCACAACUUGGCAGCCUCCGCCAGCCACAUCGUCUCGCCCUUCGCCCUCUCGAGCCGCCCAGCAUGAUCCUCUACGACCGCCUGGCAAGGCCAAGGCGCGCCGCGACGCGUUUUCGAGCACCCGCCGCUCCAAUGUCGAGGUCUACGUCGAGAUACCCCUCUCGCCCAGACCGCGGCUGCCCCUUUCAUUGCGAAAGAGUGCCGCCGCCGCGUCGCAGAGCUCGCCAAGUCUGCUCGCCGCCGAUGCGAGAUCUAAAGCCAAAGCAAACGGCACGCUCAAGGCCCACGGCGACGGAGCGGCUCAGCGUGUCACGGGCGGGGGCAGCGGCAGCAGCAGCAGCAGCAGCACGGCGCCCACGAAGGCACCAAUCUCGGCGCCGCCGAACGGCGUUGUCAAAGUCAAACCUUCAAAGCUCGAGCUCGCACAGCAGGCCGCGCGGGUCGUUGAUACCCUGGCCAUUCUGGAAGCGGCUCCCUCCACCGCGAGCAGCAGCAGUGGCAGGCGGCGAGGCGACCGCAGUGGUAACGACGCCCUGCUGCCAAGAUCGUCGCCGGAGCAUCGGGGGCCCCUGAACCCGGCCGAUCCCUUUGGCGAGACGCGGUGGAACUCGCACAAGCGAGUGGCGCGCGGCGACGAGGCGACGUGCUCGUGGCGACUCACGGAGCAGACGAUAUUCACAGAAGCCAGGAGGUGUAACCGCCGCUUUGUCACGGCCGACGGCCUCGCACGGCAUAUUCUGGCAGAGCACCUCGAGCCGGAGAGCCAGGGCAGCUCGGCAGCGCCAAAGCCGGCAGAGCACGACGAGCUGCACACCAUCUUUGGAGACGAGGACCGUGACCCGCUCGACCUGCUGCCGCCGCGUCAGGAUUCGGAUCCCCGGCGCUUCUGCCGCUGGGGCUCGUGCAGCAAUCGACGGUAUCGCGUCGAGGAGCUCGGCAGGCACGUGCUACAUCACCUCGAGACGCAGAACGGCCUCAAGCAUUCCUGCCCCUUUGCCAUGUGCCCCACGACGGCGCUCCUAUGCUCAGAGACGGCCCUUCAAAGCCACCUCGAGAUCUACCACCGCGACCCGUGGACCGAGGCGGACCUGCGGCCCAUCUUUGAGCCGCUCCGCGUCGAUCGCACCGCGCUCAAACCGCCCCCGCCGCUCCCGGGUGCCGGCACGGCGGAAGAGGCGCGGCUGCUCAACCCCAUCGUGACGAUGCUCGGCACCAAGCAGACCAUCUCGCCCGUCAUGCGGCCCGGCCACGUCCGCAAGGUGGUCCCACCCCCGCCGACCGACGAAGAGUGGCCCCUGGUCAAGGAGAAGCGCAACAUCCUCGGCCUGCCCGUGGAGCCGGGCGAGGAGGGCUACUGCUGGCCGUGGCCAAAGGUACUGCCCAAGCUCGAGUUCCGCCGAGAGCAGAAGCGACGCGCCAGGGAGGCUGCGGCCGCCAUUGACGAGGGCUUCAUUCCUCGGCGCAGCCAGAUGCGCGGUCAGCCGUUUGAGGUGGUCGACAUUGAGCGGCCGCAGACCCUGGCUACGCUGCGCGGCAUAGAGCAGGGUCGCCUCGCCACCCAGGCAGACAUACGACGCGCCCAAUCGCGGCUGGUGGGCGUCGUUCUUCCCAAUGUGGAAGGGCUCACGGAGACGCUGGGCAACGCGUCGUUGCGGGCCCUCGUCAUGCUCGAAGAGGAAGAGGGGCUGGAGAAGGAGACGGUGCUCAAGCCGCCCAAGGAGGAUGGGACGGAUACAGCAUCCUCCUCAGAGCCGAGCAGCCAGCCUGCUUUGCAUCCGAUCCCCCUCGUCAAAGACGAGGCAAACGACGCGGAGGCGUCGGUGCAAGACGGGCCGUCAAAGUCAGGCGCGGUCGCUGGGAAACCCAGUGGGUCCGACUCUGGGAGUCAGACGCCGGUGCUCGAAAAGCAACGCGCGCCUCGUCUCCGUAGCGAAGGAUCGGCCGAAGCGUCGACGAUGGUCGCAGAGGUGGUGGUGCCCAUGCGCGCCACUAUGGACGAUCGGGUCCUCUACGUCGACCUCGACGAGCUCCCACCUCCUUCUCCUGCGGCUUCCCGGCGGCCCAAGAUGGAAGAAUCGAUGCUCGACGGUGGCGGCAUCGCCAUCGGUGCUGUUGACCGCGGCAUCGGUAGCAGCAGCAGCGGCAGCGGCAGCAGCCGGGGACGGGGCCGUGGAAGGGGACGGCCACGGGGCGGGGGCCGUGGUCGCGGACGGGGACGAGGACGAGGACGUGGACGAGGAGGGAUGACGUCUCUAGCCUCGGUGCCAUCACGCCAAGGCGCAUCCUCUUCCAUCCCCAUGGCGUCGCAUCGCUCUGGACCACCCGUCUUCAACGGCAACGGCAGCGGCGAGGGAAAGGAAAAGGUUGGGGUGAAUGGCGCGCUGAAACGGACGCGACCGACUUUCGACCUCACCUCGUCGCGGCCCAACGUCGUCGUCUCGAUCCCAGCCGCGCAGCAGCGCGCCUCGAAAAAAGUCAAGCUCGACCUCGACUUCGACCUCGACCUCCCCGAUCGACCCGCCACGUCUGUCGUGGCUGCUCCUGCUCCUACCUCGGUGCGCGGAACGACAGCGGGGAACCAUCAGGGAUCGCUGGAUACGUGGUUGACACCGCGACACCACCAUCGCGGGGCAGCAGCAGCAGCCGACCUCUCUUCCCCGCUCAGCGAGGCUUCUGAACGCAUCUAG